AUGCUUGUCUUGCCAUCAGUCAAAUAUGCGCCACAAACAGACGUUCUCAACGGCUCGGACAUCGCGGCCGGAUGGGCGGUGUUGAAAGCGUUCAAGACGCCUCCAAUGGUUAUUUACAAUUGCGGAGCGAAUGCAGGGUUCUCCCAGGACCACAAGCAUCUUCAGGUCUUCCCGCUCCCAAGCUCAAUGGGCCAGGGCCUCUUCCCGGCGCGGGCUACUUCGUCCAAGCACAUUGAGGACAUGAUCAGCAAUGUGCCCUUCAAACACUUUGUCAUGCGCAUCACUGCGACCGCCACCGCAAGAGAUGUUUUCGAGAAGUACCAGCGCCUCCUCAUAGAGACUCAGAAAGCAUUGAAAGCGGCACAAACUGGGCACGACUACAACGUGAUCUUCACUGCCGACUGGAUCGUAUUGAUACCUCGCAGAACCGCCGUCUGGAGUGGUCCUUUCGGAGCCAAUGCAUCGGGCAUGCUAGGUACUGUUGUAGUUCCAAGUAGACAGCAGAGAAACCAGUGGGCUGAGCUGGGGUACACUGAAUAUCUCGCAAGGCUUGGUAUUCCUUGGGACUGA